UGGUGGGUUUGUGUUUUUGAAGAAACGAGUUGGUUAAAGGGACACGUCAAAAUGUGUUUUAGACUAAGUAUUUUUUGUUAUCCGAACCUUUUCGUUUUGUGCAUGUUUGUGCUGGUGAAAUUCACAGACACCCAGCUCGUUAUCAACGUCAGGAAUCAGGGCGGAGAUGUCGUCCAGGAGAACAUUUCGGCGAACGUCACCGACGACACCGUCACAUUAGAAUUCCAGAGGUCCGACGGCACACUUGUCACCCAGCUUAUUGACUUCAGAAAU